AUGGCUGUGGACGCGGCUUCCCAUUUCAGCUUUUGCCGAAAUGCCCUGGAACAAAGUCUGUCAACAGAUGAUUUAAACUGCAGGUUGCAAGAUGAUACCGAGAACCUUUCUUUGAAUGAUGGGAGAGGGCAACGGACAGCUGGGGGCAGGAACAUAAAACUGUUACAGCAGCCAGGAACAGAAAAUAUUCAGAUCGGAUCCAAUGAUGGAUACUUUAGUUUUCACACAAGUCCUACGUUUACAAGGCACACUAAACCUGUGGUACUGUGGACCCAGCAAGAUGUUUGCAAAUGGUUAAAGAAGCAUUGUCCACAUAAUUAUCUCACCUAUGUGGAAGCUUUUUCACACCAUGCUAUAACAGGUCGGGCAUUACUCAGGCUAAAUGGUGAAAAGCUGGAAAGAAUGGGAAUAGUUCAAGAAGGGCAAAGACAAGAGGUACUUCAGCAGGUGCUUCAGCUGCAGGUACGCGAGGAAGUGCGAAACCUGCAACUACUUAGACAAGGUAAAGCUGGUUCAAUGGUGCAAAGAUGA